CUCAGAGAACCAGGAAGUAACUCCUCAUUUCAGUGAAAACAAAACUGAUCUCUUUCUCUUUCUCAGUGUGUGAGUUCAGGAAAAUGGCUGAAGCCAGUAUUUCAGCAGAUCAAUUUUCAGUGGACCAGUUCAGCUGUCCAGUCUGUCUGGAUCUCCUGAAGGAUCCGGUGACUAUCCACUGUGGUCACAGUUUCUGUAAGGUGUGUAUUAAUGGCUGCUGGGAUCAGGAGGAUCAGAAGGGCGUCUACAGCUGUCCUCAGUGCAGAGACACUUUCACUCCAAGGCCUGUUCUACGCAGAAACAACAUGUUGGCUGACGUGGUGGAGAAACUGAAGAAGACUGAACUCCAAGCUGCUUCUCCUGCUCACUGUUACGCUGGACCCGGAGAUGUGGAGUGUGAUUUCUGCACUGGGAGAAAACACAAAGCCGUCAAGACCUGUCUGAUAUGUUUGACUUCAUUUUGUGAAAGUCACCUGAAACCUCAUCUGGAAAUUUCUGGUUUAAAGAAACACACAUUAAUUGAAGCUUCAGCAAAACUACAAGAGAAGAUCUGCUCUGAACAUAACAAGCUGAUCAAGAUCUACUGUCGUACUGAUCAAACCUGGAUUUGUUAUUUGUGUACGAUGGAUAAUCACAAAGGUCACGACACUGUCACAGCCGCAGCAGAAAGAGCUGAGAAACAGCGUAAGUUAAAGGAGGAGCAGAAGAAAUCCCAGCAGAGAAUAAAGGAGAAGCAGAAGAAGGUGCAGGAGCUGAAACAGGCUGUGAACACUAUAAAGCUGAGUGCACAGACAGCAGUGGAGGACAGUGAAAGGAUCUUUACUGAGCUGAUCAGCUCCAUGGAGAAAAAGCACUCGGAGGUGACGGAGCUGAUUAGAGCUCAGGAGAAGGCUGAACUGAGUCAAGCUGAACGACUCCUGGAGCAACUGGAGCAGGAGAUUGCUGAUCUUCAGAGGAGAGUCACUGAGCUGGAGCAGCUUUCACACACACACGAUCACAUCCAGUUCCUCCAGCUCUCUGUAGCUUCUGGACGUCAGUCUCCCCCACUACAUAGACCAGACUUUCACACAUCCAGCAUCACUGUCCAUCAACAUCUCUCAUUUGAUGGAGUGAGAAAUUCUCUCUCAGAUCUGAAAAAGAGACUCGAGGAAUUCUGUGAGGAGGAAUUCAACAAAAUCCCUUCACAUGCUGCGGCAGUUCAGAUCAUUGCACCACCAGAGCCACAGAGCAGAGAAGAUUUUCUGAAAUAUUUCUGUUAUCUGACUCUGGAUCCCAACACGGCACAUCGUAACCUCAUUCCGUCUGAGAAGAACAGAGCGGUGAGACGCAGUGAGAGAGAGCAGCAGUACUCUGAUCAUCCAGAGAGAUUUGAUUACUGGUAUCAGGUGUUGUGUAAGGAGAGUGUGUGUGGACGCUGUUACUGGGAGGUGGAGUGGAGCGGUGAUGGUGUGUCCGUAUCAGUCUCAUAUAAAGACAUCAGCAGGAAAGGACGGGGUAAUGAGUGUGUGUUUGGACUCAACAAUCAGUCCUGGAGUCUGCAGUAUUCUUCUUCUUCUUCUCCUCUCUGUUUCUAUCACAACAACAUUAAGACUAAACUCAGAGUUCCAUCAUCCCCCAGAAUAGGAGUGUAUGUGGAUCACAGUGCAGGAACUCUGUCCUUCUACAGCGUCUCUGACACGAUGAAGCUCCUCCACAGAGUCCACACCACAUUCACUCAGCCUCUAUAUGCUGGGUUUGGGUUCUACUGGAGGUUUGGGUUCUCCUUGUUUUCUACUGUGAGAUUGUGUGAUCCAAAAUUGACUCCUGCAUUGUGUGUGUGUGUGUUUGAGUUCAGGAAAAUGGCCGAGGCCAGUAUUUCGGUAGAUCAGGACCAGUUCAGCUGUCCAGUCUGUCUGGAUGUCCUGAAGGAUCCGGUGACGGUCCACUGUGGUCACAGUUUCUGUAAGGUGUGUAUUAAUGGCUGCUGGGAUCAGGAGGAUCGGAAGGGCAUUUACAGCUGUCCUCAGUGCAGAGACACUUUCAAUCUAAGGCCUGUUCUACACAGAAACAACAUGCUGGCUGAAGUGGUGGAGAAAGUGAAGAAGAAGACUGAACUCCAAGCUGCUUCUCCUGCUCAGUGUUAUGCUGGACCUGGAGAUGUGGAGUGUGAUUUCUGCACCGGGAGAAAACGCAAAGCCGUCAAGUCCUGUCUGAUGUGUCUGGCUUCUUACUGUGAAAUUCAUCUUAACCCACAUCUAGAACGUCCUGCUUUGAAAAAACAUACAUUAAUUGAAGCUUUAGCAAAACUACAAGAGAAGAUCUGCUCUCAACAUAACAAGCUGAUUGAGAUCUACUGUCGUACUGAUCAAACCUGGAUCUGUUAUUUGUGUACGAUGGAUAAUCACAAAGGUCACGACACCGUCACAGCCACAGCAGAAAGAGCUGAGAAACAGAGUGAGUUAAAGGAGGAGCAGAUAAAAUCCCAGCAGAAAAUCCAGGAGAAGCAGAAGAAGGUGCAGGAUCUGAAACAGGCUGUGAACACUAUAAAGCUCAGUGCACAGACAGCAGUGGAGGACAGUGAGAGGAUCUUUACUGAGCUGAUCAGCUCCAUGGAGAAAAAGCGCUCGGAGGUGAUGGAGCUGAUCAGAGCUCAGGAGAAGGCUGAACUGAAUCGAGCUGAACGACUCCUGGAGCAACUGGAGCAGGAGAUUGCUGAUCUUCAGAGGAGAGUCACUGAGCUGGAGCAGCUUUCACACACACACGAUCACAUCCAUUUCCUCCAGGCUUUAGCUUCUGGACGUCAGUCUCCCCAACUACACAGACCAGAUUUUCACACAUCCAACAUCACUGUCCAUCAACAUCUCUCAUUUGAUGGAGUGAGGAAUUCUCUCUCAGAUUUGAAGAAGAGACUCGAGGAAUUCUGUGAGGAGGAAUUCAACAAAAUUCCUCCACAUGCUGCAGCAGUUCAGAUCAUUUCACCACAAGAGCCAGAGAGCAGAGAAGAUUUUCUGAAACAUUUCUCUUAUCUGACUCUGAAUCCCAACACAGCACAUCGUAAACUCAUUCUGUCUGAGAAGAACAGAGUGGUCACAGAAAGUGAGACGGAGCUGCGGUACUCUGAUCAUCCAGAGAGAUUUGACUUCUACACUCAGGUGUUGUGUAAGGAGAGUGUGUGUGGAUGCUGUUACUGGGAGGUGGAGCGGAGUGGUGCUGGUGGCGUGUUCAUAUCAGUCUCAUAUAAAGGGAUCAGCAGGAAAGGAGAGGGUGAUGAGUGUGUGUUUGGAUACAAUGAUCAGUCCUGGGGUCUGUGGUGUUCUUCUUCUUCUUCUCUCUCUUUCUGGCACAACAAAAUUAAGACUGAGCUCAGAGUUCCAGCAUCCUCCAGAAUAGGAGUAUAUGUGGAUCACAGCGCAGGUACUCUGUCCUUCUACAGCGUCUCUGACACGAUGAAGCUCCUCCACAGAGUCCACACCACAUUCACUCAGCCUCUAUACGCUGGGUUUAGGCUCUACUGUCUGCGUAGUGAUCUUUCAGUGAGGUUGUGUGAUCCAAAAUCAGGUGUGUACAUUCGAGCACAAAAAAUGGCUCAUUAAUUUUAUUUUAGAGUUCACAGGUGCUCAUCCUUACCACUCACGCUCCUGACUCCACCCUCCAUUCACAAACCGGCGCUUAAUCAUGCCCUCACCUCCACAAUAUAAUUUUUUUUCCUUCAUCCUGAUGUUUGAUUUGAACAUUAACUAAAGCUCUCUACCUGUAUCUGCAUGAUUUAAUGCAUUGCACUACUGCAACAUCAGUGGAUAAUUGCAUGAAUGUGCAGAUAUACAGAUGUUCCUAAUAAAGUGGACAGUGAUUGCAUAUUUUUAGCCUACUUAAUCUAUGGGAGGAAAAAAAACUACUAUAGUGUCUUGAAUAUGAUCUUUCAGAAAAUCAACUAAACCUACAAUUGACUUGUCUCAAUACCAUUCUUCAGUUUAUAUAAAGUAAACAUACAUAGUUGCAAUAUAUUAUGUUUAAGUGUCUUUUGGCUGUUUCCUGUGUUUAUUUUUUUUUUCUUUUUGACAUCAGUCUCCUUUUUGUGGGUCGUGAUGAUAUAUUUGUCUCUGCUAACUGUAUCUGUCUGUUGUCUGACUCCAGAUUUGGAUUCUGAACAUGACUCAGAGGUGUUAUAAGAAUCCAUUCACAGGAGAUUUACAGUUUUUCUCUACUGCUAAGACACAGCAUUUCCUGAUACCAUGCGCCAUUUUCUCAAAACUAUAAACACAAAGCCAAAACAGCACACACAAUAUGGACAACCUUCAAACUUCCAUGGCAAAACCAAAUACACAUUAAAUCCUACACAGUAAAUCCUCAUAGUACUGUAAAACACAUGACUGCAAUGCUGUAGAAUUAGACCAUAAUAUAGCCUAUAAUACAGUGCAUAGUAAUGAAAUCAUUGUACUCGUGUAUAUUGGACUUGUGUACUUAUUGCUUAUACUCUAAGUGUUGGUCUUUGACCAUUGGUGAGUUCUGUUCAAAAUGAACAGAGUACACUUGUUUCAUUCUUACCCUGUUCUGCUGAAGUACAUGGUAAAUGGGGUCAAAGCUUAUUUGACUGAUUCCUUGAAAUAAACCCUGAUUUUCCAUUAUUCUCGUUUGAAUUUCUCGCAA